GGGCUCGCGGCGGGAACGCGCAGGCGCGCGGGGAGAGGGGGCGGGAGCGGGGCCGCGCGAGCCGGGACGGACCGGGACUCUCUCUUUCUCCAGAGGGGGCUGAAGCACAGAAUUCCCCACCAUGGAUUUCCAGCACCGCCCUGGAGGGAAGACGGGCAGCGGAGGCGUCGCCUCGGCCUCGGAGAGUAACCGGGACCGGCGGGAGCGGCUGCGGCAGCUGGCCCUGGAGACCAUCGACAUCAACAAGGACCCCUAUUUUAUGAAAAAUCACUUGGGCUCCUACGAGUGCAAGCUCUGCCUGACACUGCAUAACAACGAGGGGAGUUACUUAGCACAUACACAGGGGAAGAAGCAUCAGACCAAUUUGGCCCGGCGAGCUGCCAAGGAAGCCAAGGAAGCCCCUGCCCAACCUGCCCCAGAGAAGGUCAAAGUGGAAGUGAAGAAAUUUGUGAAAAUUGGGCGCCCAGGUUACAAAGUGACCAAACAGAGAGACCCUGAAACAGGCCAGCAGAGCCUUCUCUUCCAGAUCGAUUACCCCGAGAUUGCCGAGAGCAUCAUGCCCCGGCACCGGUUCAUGUCGGCCUACGAGCAGCGCAUCGAGCCCCCGGACCGGCGCUGGCAGUACCUGCUCAUGGCGGCCGAGCCCUACGAGACCAUCGCCUUCAAGGUGCCAAGCAGGGAGAUCGACAAAGCAGAAGGGAAGUUUUGGACCCACUGGAACAGGGAAACCAAACAGUUCUUCCUCCAGUUCCACUUCAAGAUGGAGAAGCCCCCGGCUCCCCCCAACCUGCCCCCGGGCCCCCCGACGGUGAAGCGGCCGCCGCCCCCUCCCCUGAUGAACGGGCUGCCCCCCCGGCCCCCCCUGCCCGACUCCAUGCCCCCCCCUCCCCCUGGGGGCAUGACCCUGCCCCCCAUGCCCCCCUCAGGGCCGGUGCCACCCCCCCCAGUGCCACCCCAGCUGCCCCCAGCCCCCGGGGUGCCCCCCCCUGCCCCUCUGCCCCCCAUGAUGCGGCCGCCGCUCCCCACAGAGGGGCCGGGCACCAUCCCCCCCCCACCCCCCUCCAACUGAGGCCCCUCCUGGUCCCACUGGAUUUGUCCCUUUCUAUCCUCAGAUCACGCCCCGUUCAGGGAACAGCUCUGUUUUGUAUGAAUCUGAAUCCUGUAGGUUCAUUAAAAGGUUUUCCAUUUUC